AUGACGAAAAACGUAGUUGGCCUGGAAGGCUCAAUAUGGUCACCCUUUAAGCAACGACCCCGCAACGGUGCGCCCUCCAAACCGUCCACGGUCCACGACAGCUCGCGAUCACGCUCUGUCCCACCGCCCGCGCCGCCGUCCACGACCCUUCCGAUGCCCAACAGCACGCCGCUCGGCACCCGCACGUCCACCACGCUCGCCGCCGUCUUGACGCCGCCCCAGGCCCUGCACCGGUUCGAGCAGGCGUGCCAGCGGCUCCGCUGGAAGUUCCUCGACCUCGAGGCCGCGUACAAGCGGGCGCUGGCACCCGCGGCGUGGACGUUUACCCCCGACGACGCGGAGCGCAACUUCAAGGUUGACUUUUACGAGUUUUACGCGUGGAUCGAGCAGGCGAUUGUGCUGCUGCUGCUCGUCUGUGCCGUCAGCAUCCCGCGGGAACGCACCGGCGGCACGCACGCCUACCACCACAACGUGCUGCGCGCCCUCGACGAGCACACGAACCCGCUGCACGAGGUCCUCGGCAAGGGCGACGUGAACCAGGCCCUGUGGAAGGCCAAGGAGCUGCGGAACCGGUGGAAGGACGCCGCCGAGGGGCGCGAGACGCCCCCGCUCAAAAUGUACGACUUGGCCUGGAUCGUGGGCGAGGUGCUGCGCGGGCUGGAAAACGGCUACACGGUUGCGACGAGUAUGGUUGCCGCAGAGGAGAUUGUCGUGGACGACGCGCAGGAUGGUGGCGAGGGAUGGGAUUGGAUGGUUGAAGCGAUGGACUGGGAAGCAUAG